GGACACUGGGGGUUCGGGUAUUGCGUAGUCGGCCGGGGCGAUGGCGCUUCUCCGGGGCGUGUGGGGCGCGCUGAGGACUCUGGGCAAGUCUGGAGCGGACCUGUGCGCGGGCUGUGGAAGUCGCCUGCGCUCCCCCUUCAGUUUCUCGUAUGUUCCAAAAUGGUGUUCGUCCACCUUCAGCAGUUAUCCAAAGAAACCCAUGACUUCAUACCUUCGGUUUUCCAAAGAACAGCUACCCAUAUUUAAAGCUCAGAACCCAGAUGCAAAAAAUUCAGAACUAAUUAAAAAGAUCGCUGAGGUGUGGAGGGAACUUCCUGAUUCAGAGAAAAAAGUAUAUGAAGAUGCUUACAGGGUAGAGUGGGAGGCAUACAAAGAAGAGAUAAGCAGAAUUCAGGAACAUCUAACUCCAAGUCAGCUGCUGUCUAUGGAAAAAGAAAUCAUGCAAAAACGUUUAAGAAAGAAAGCAUUAAUAAAGAAGAGAGAGUUAACAAUGCUUGGAAAACCAAAAAGACCUCGCUCAGCUUAUAACAUUUUUGUAUCUGAAAGUUUCCAAGAAGCUAAAGAUGGUUCAUCACAGGCAAAGCUGAAGGCUGUAAAUGAUAACUGGAAAAAUCUGCCUACUUCUCAAAAACAAGUAUAUAUUCAGCUUGCAAAAGAUGAUAAAAUCCGUUAUGACAAUGAAAUGAAGUCUUGGGAAGAACAAAUGAUUGAAGUUGGACGAAGUGAUCUGAUACGUCGCAAAAUGAUGCACCAAUCGAAAGAUGGCACCGAGGAGCGUUAAAAUAGAAGAUUGAGCCACAUUAACGCUGGAUAAGCCCGGGAAACUGAUUAGGUCAUAAUGCCUGAUGGUGUUGUAAAAAUAGAAAAGAUAAAGUUGGUAAACAUUUUA